CUUACCAAGGGGGACACACGAUGCAGAUGCGCUAGCAGUAGACCCAUUUCUCGGCGGCUUGUAUUGAGCGCAACCGGAAUGGAGUAUGCGUUGGAGGACGCCUCGUUUGAAGGGGCUUGGGCGGCGCUGCUAGAUAGGCAAGAAGCAGUGGUCCGGAGGAUGGAGGCUCAGGAGCAGUCGAUCAGCGAUCUUAUCUUGAUCAUGCGGUCGAUGGCGCUUCUGGGCAGCAGUAAAACUGAUACAGGCUCUGGAGACCAGGAGGAAUCCAUGGACAAGUCCGGAUCCAUGCAAACCAAUGCGACAUUGCCCGUCAGCUACACCCAGACGGACUUGCAGCUGCAGGAGAGCGCCUGCGUUGCUACAGCAAGCGCGAAGCGCCAACGGUAUUCCCAUCGAGAGAAGGAGAAGUCGAACAGCUCAGUGAAGAACCGGAUGCUUGAGCACCUAGUUGCGCAUCCUGGCUUUGAGAUCUUCUUUGCAGUCGUUGUGCUCACCAACGCAAUCUUCAUCGGUGUUGAUGUUGAGAAGGGGUUGGAGGAUCCAGGACCGCGGUCUUUGGAGCUGCAGAUCCUUCAGGUCGUCUACACAGUGCUCUUUGUAGCGGAGCUUAUGUUGAGAGUCUUUGCCAAGGGCACGUACCUCUUCUGUAGUGAAGGGUGGAUGUGGGCCUGGCUGGACUUGCUCAUCGUCAUCACAUCUGUGUGGGAGUCUGCCAUGGACAUCGCUUCUUCGCUUGGAUACCAAGACAGCGGAGAUGGCAUUGGCGGAAUCUCCAGCUUAAAGGCAUUUCGCAUCGUGCGGCUAACAAGAAUUCUGAAGACGAUGCAGUUCAUCCGGAUCCUCCGCUUUGUCAUCGCCCUAAGGACUCUCGUGACGUCGAUCUUUUCAACUCUCAAGGCACUGAUAUGGGCUUUGAUCCUUUUGGCCCUCAUCGUAUAUGUAUUUGCGGUGCUAUUUGUACAAGCUGUGAAUGACUACAUCAUGGAUCCAAGCGCGCCUCCCAUGCCGCAGCUUGAGCUGGAGGCUAGCCACCAAUACUUUGGUUCUCUGGCAGAUGGCAUGUUGAGCCUUUUCAUGAGCAUCGCCGGAGGGGUAAGCUGGGUGGAAGUGCUGGCCCCAUUGAAGUUCAUCUCCUCCGCGUGGACCGUGUGCUUUUUAUUCUAUAUCGCGUUCACGUAUUUUGCAGUUUUAAAUGUCGUGACUGCGGUUUUCUGCCAAAGUGCGAUUGAAGCUGCCCAGAGCGACCAAGUGACCAUGGUGCAGACCUUGUUGGACAACAAGGAGUCGCACUUGAAAAAGUUUAAGGCCCUCUUCUCCGAGCUUGGCGCGGAAGAUUCAGGUACCAUCACCUUCGCCAUGUUUGAGGAGAAAAUCAGCACACAAGAAGUUCGCACGUACUUCGAAACAAUGGGCUUGAAUAUUUGGGAUGCUUGGUCAUUCUUCAAGCUCCUGGACACGGACGGUGGCGGCAUGGUCGAGGUUGAAGAGUUCUUCAUGGGCUGCUUGCGGCUAAGAGGAGCUGCCAGUGCGAUGGACCUUGCUCAAAUGCGCCAUGACCAGAGGUGGCUUAUUGAUCAUUUGCGACACUUCGAGACCUUCAUGCAGUCCGAGCUCAAUGUUGUCAAGGACGAGGUCAGUAUGGUUGCAGCGCGUCGCAACAGCAAGUCCUCGCUCAAGUCUUCGCGCCUUUUCAAGGACGUUUGAGCAAAGCUGAGCCUUUGCUGUCACGCGCGAUGAGGCUGGGACACUUCCCCCAACACCAGAGACCGCUGAAGCUCCCAAGAGGUAUUGGCGGCGAAGCGUUUAUAGUUUUCGACAUUCCCUGCUCCUUUUCCAGUGGAUCAGUAGUUUUGGCAGCAGCGCUGCAUUGAUUGCGCGCAUUUUUGCUUGACACUUCCAGAAACUUGGACGUGUGUGAAUAUGAUUUCAAGCCAAGCCGCCGGGAUUCUGAGGAAGGACGCACUUGUUCGCACAAUGCUUGCCUCAGCAGCCGGCUGCCCGGAUGGGUCCGCUGCGCGACAACGCUCUGUUCGUGGGCAGUUCUGCAGUAUCCCACAUGCUACGCUAUUUGGGAUGCCAGUCAGAAUGCUUUGCGCUUGGAAGCUGCGAUGGACAGGUCACCAUUGUGCAGUAAAGGAACAAUAGCUCCAUGUUCGAAGGCGCAAGAUGAGGGUCAAUGAUGCUGGCGCAAGAUCCCAGGCAGAGCUGGGUUUUGUUUGAAAGAACCUGAGCGUUGUCAGUCGCUCCUAAAGGGAGUUGCUCUACCAGACUCGCUGCGAGCAGGGAAGC